UUCAACCGAUAGUCGUAUUCGACCUUGACACGAAAGAGAAGGAAGCACAGCUGAAAUGUUACGGAAAAUUUACAUUACUUAGGAGGGCUUUCUUUUUAUUUUCAGAUACGCACAGGAGACCAAAAUGGCUGAUUCAAAUAGUGAACCACCAAGGUGUCCGUGUGGGUUCUGGGGAUCAGUCCAAAAUCAAGGCCUGUGUUCCAAGUGUUACAAAGAAAAGAAUGCAGCAGAUCAUGUGUCUAAGACUUUACCUCAGGCAUCAAAACCAACUGCAACUACGAGUGGGCAACCUUCUACUAGCCAAGAAACUAGUCUGCUAAGCAGCAGCAAUGUGCCAGAGGAAGAUACAAAAAAAGAUGUGUUUAAAACUACAGAUUCUGAAACAGCAGAAGCAAAAGACACACAAAAAGUUACCUGUGAAGAGGCCUCAAGUACUUCCUCUAAUACUGAAGAAGGUGCUUCACCUUCCACUGGAACAAAAAGUGACAACUUUCAAACGACUUUUCCCAGGGACAGUAGUGCCAUUGAAGACCCGGACAAGCCGGUCCAGAAAAAUAAGAAAAGAUGUUACAAGUGCAAUGCAAAAUUAGACAUGGCCCAGAGGGAAAUUGGGAGGUGCAAGUGUGACUAUGUGUUUUGCAAUUUGCAUAGACUUCCUGAACAGCAUGAUUGUAUUUUUGAUCACAAGGAGAGUGGGCGCCAGCAGGCUAGAGACAAAAUAGUCAAGCCCACAAGGCAUAUGGGAACUUCUUUGAAGAGGCUGGAUUCAAAUUGAGUGUAACUGGUUGCUGAAAUAGUAUGUUAUUUUCAGGAGAAACCUUUCUGUGUGUAACCACGCAUUUCUUCAAUGGGAUUAUUGGCAGAAAGGAAACAGUUUAUUACAUAUAUAAAGAUACUUUGAAAAUGGCAUUAAUCCAUUGCUUUCAAAUGCCCACACAACACACCCAGCUUUUAUAAUGUGCUGAAAUUUGAAGAUGUGUUUUCAUUGGCAGGGCAAUUUUUUUCACCAUUGAGAUGUGGAUUCACUUAAGCAUCUAAAACACUUUAUGGUAAAAUGGACAGUGACCUUAAAAAUGCGAAGGACUUACAAGAGCUUGUUUUGUGAGUGGAAACUGUUAAUUUGCUGCCACAUAUCUAAGAUACUAUUUUAAGCAAUGCAAUAAACACUGUAAAGGCAGCUCUUUAUUCAUAAGUUGCCACUUGCUAAAUUGCUGUGAACAUAUGUGGUAGUUAAUACCUUUAUAUUGCCACUGGAGGCAAGUUCUACAGUUUGUUACAAUAUGGUGGGAAAUGAAGCCAUUUUCAUCAAAGUAUGAAUCACAAGUAGAUGUGGAUUGUAACACUAACACCACUUGCAGAUUUUAAGUGUAAGUUAAUAGCAUGUUCAUCUUUGCAUGUGGCCUUGGUGUUUGGUGGUAUAUAUAUGUUCAGCUGAGACUUUCUGUAAAACACUUAACUUAAAGAUGAUAAAAGAAAGUUAAACUUGGCAAUUGAAUUCUUUAAAAGUUAAUUUUAGUCAUUUUAGUAACAAAAAGUAUGACAUAUCAUCUGGGAGUUUGACAAAAGGGGGAUAGUACGCAUUACUUUUGAGUCCAUCAGCCAUGAUCUGAGGUAGUGUUGAACAGUACUUGGUGAUGAACCAUUUAGACCACAUUUUUAUUCACACAUCAUACCAGCUGGGUAGGUCCAACUCUGCGGGGGAGUCUCACUAAAGUGCAAUCAGUGGAAUCGGCUUAAUUGUCUGACACGCCUGCUUGGGCAGCUAGGGGGGUAACUUACUUUUGUGUGCGCUCAGCUUGGUUACCCCUUAGCUGCUCAUGGAGGCAUGGCAGACAGUUAAGCUGAUUGCACUCAGUGAGAAUCCUCAGCAGAGAUGAACUGGCCCAGCUACUAGUAAGAUGUGUGAAUCUGGAAGGGCCCUUACUCAGCAUUUUGACUAGUUGCAGUCCUGUGGCUUUAAAAACAUUUAAUGUGGCAUACAUGGGGGAUAUUGCAAAAUCAGCAUAGAGAUAUAUAUUUUAAGAACAAUAUUCUUGGUACAGAAGGCAGGUUAAUGUUAGUAGCCUGACACAGUUAGAAUACACCUUUUUGUAAGAAUCCAUGGGAUCUUUGUUCUUAACAGAAUUUAGCUUUGAAAAGUGGAUAAAAUACAACCUUUCAUACUUCAAGUGAAAUGUUUUGCUAUGCAGUGUUUCAUGGUGCAACACAUACAUAUCACAUAUGUUGUUGGUAUGCAUUGGAUGAUAUUGAUAUCCUGGAAAGUGUUUAGUAAGAUAGUUACCCUGAAGAAAAUGACUGGAAAAAAUUUAAUAGUCCAUCAGAUGAGACUUGUAUAACUAAAGUUUACACUGUACAUGCGAUUGUGUUGCAUGAUGGGAGUUCUAUUGCUAGUAGAAUUUUUAAAACUUUCCCUAGCUUUAUAAGAGCAAAUGUUUUACCUUACCUGAUAACUGUAACCUGAUUUUUAUCCAAGGCAUUCAAGUCAAUCUGGUUUCAUUUGUAAGGUGUUGUCAUACGGGCACCCAAAGUGUAUCAUACAUGGUAACUUCAAUGAAAUCUUGUAAAUGUAAUGCUCAACUACAUUUCAUUUUGAAAGUGCUUGUAUGGCCACCAAAAAGAUCUAUAAUUUGCAGUACCAUUCAUUUUAGCUAGUUGUAAAUGUACAAGUUGGAAAGUUAUAAACAAUAGUAAAUGUUUUGUCAUUUCAAAUAAAUGGACAAACAGUAGUUAUUAAGUUU